CAGCAGCAGAAUGUAUAAGGAAUUGCCUAUAGUCUUCAUUCUUAUGAACAUUGUCGUAACUAUUAAAGGGCAUAAUGCAGAAUUCUUUAACUUUUUCUGCAGAUAAACACAAAUCCCCUUCGGAUAUAAUACGAAGUUUUCAGAAGAAAAGUCAGUUUAGGACCAUUGCCCCAAAAAUGGUACCAAAAAUUUUAACCUCUGGAGUGUUUUCUUGUCUUCAGUCAUCUUUGCCUGAGCACAAUACACCUAUUUCAGCGGCAGGUUCUAAACCACUGGUGGUACCAACUCAAAACUAUGCUGUCAUGCAGGUGGCUGGUCAUGAGGGGACUUUUUCUCUGUUGGCCUUGCCAUAUGUUGCCCCUGCCCUAAUGCAGCAAGUCCAGCAGUCAAACGUGUCCCCUUCUGAAAACCUAAAGCUGCCUAUCCCAAGGUACCAAUCUGUAAGAAAUAAAUUGCUGAGUGACAAAAAAAUGGCACAAAUCUCUGUUUUGGGAGCAGAUGACAAGAUUCCUACCAAAGCAUCGAUCUCAUCACAGACUUCUCCCAUGACUACCUUAACUAAAGACUGUCCUGAAACUUAUUCUAGUUCAGAUUCAAUUGAGCAAGUGAUGCUAACAGACCAUGACUCAGCUGAAGUUACAGUUGACACAUUAGUAAAUAAAAGCAGUUGUGUGGAAUCUGGAUCUCCUUUAGUGAACAAAACUGAAAUUGCUAAUGGUAAUGUUUCUGGACCAUCUGUAGUUAAAGACUCUUUAUUCAAGCUGGCAAGUACAAUUAAUCCCAUGAAACUAAGUCUACGCUCUGUGAAGACAGCAUCUGAAACCACAAGAGAGUCAUUCAUAACGUCUGAGAAACUGAAGGAAAACCCCACAAAUUCUGUAAAUUCUGUUGCUGUCCUGUCACCGGCAGUUUUUAGCAGUACAAUACAGAUGACUCCAUCAGCACCAAAAGGAAAACUUCCUAUUUUGCCUUACUCAAGGAUGAAAAAUUCAGUGUUCUGUAAACCUAAGCAGAAUACUAAUGAUAUGGAUGUAUCUAGUCCUUCACUAAGAUCUGAAUGUGAAAAGAUACCAGCUUUGGUGAAAACCUUUCAUGUUCCUACUAAAGCAUCUGAUAAACGAUUAGCUGUACCAUUUACACAAGUCUCCAAACAAACCAUUCGAGAAAAUACCUUCUCUCCAUCCAAUAAAGUGGAUGUCGACAGUCUUAAAAAAUUGAAUGGUGCAGCCUCUAAAAGAAGAGGCAGGAAAAGAAGAGCCCCAGAUGAUUUAUUGGCUUUUCAGACCAAGCGAAGGAAAUGCAUCAUUAAUAAGUUUAGAGAAGGAAGAGAGAGGGCAAAAGUUGAUCUUCAGCCACCUGAAGACAAAAAAGCAGAGGCAGUGAAAAAAUACCGUAGCAUUAGACCAAAACCAGUGGUAGUUGUGCAGGCUUUUGCACCACUGACUUCUGCAGCAAUAGUAGAGACACCGUCUCCUGACCUUUUAAACCAAGAUGCUUUUUUAAAUAGUUCACUUCCCAAUAAAUAUUUAAGUUACAAGCAUAGUGACGCUACCUCAGCUAAAUCAAGUGAUUUAAGUAGAAAUGCAUGUUCAACCGUACUACCAAAGCCAUUGCAUAAAUGUCAUGUUUGUAACCAUAUCUUCCAGUUUAAACACCAUCUUCAGGACCAUAUGAACACACAUACAAAUAAACGGCCUUACAGCUGUCGAAUUUGCCGGAAAGCAUAUAUUCAUUCUGGAAGCCUCAGCACACAUAUGAAACUUCAUCACAACGAAGGCAAACCCAAAAAGCUUGUGUGCUGUGAAUUCUGUGCUAAAGUUUUUGGCCAUGCAAAAGUGUAUUUUGGCCACCUAAGAGAAGUGCACAGGGUUGUUAUCAGCACAGAGCCCUCUACAAGCGAGCAACAGCUGCAAGAUGCUUUAAAGAAGAGAGACACGAAUAUAAAAGAGGCAGAAGAAGCAACAGAGAGGGGAAAUAAGUGCAAUUUUGAGGACCUAUUCCAUAACCCAGGAGAAGUGAAAUUACAGAUCAAAUGUGGUCGAUGCCAGUUUAUUGCACAGUCUUUUGGUGAAAUGAAGUUUCACUUAUUGUGCUCUCAUGGAGAAGAGAUUCAGGGAAGAGUAAAGGAAGGGGUUUUGCAAGGAAUUAGAGGAGCUAAAGGGGAACUGAUCAAACAUGCAACCCACUUCUGGAAACAGCGCAUUGAGAGAAGACAUUUAGCAAAAUGCAGUGCCCAUGAGGAGGACUUUUAUACUUUUCCAAAACUGAAAAGGCAGAUAUACUUUCACCAUCAAAAUAAUGUUGAUAUGUUGUCUAAAAAUGAACUGACUCAGUCAGGAAGCGGUGAAGCUGCCAAGGAGAUGCAAAAUGUAGGGUUUGGUACACCAAGCAAAAAAACAGAAAUUUGGUCUAAAGCGGGCUAUAACUGCAUUUUAUGCAAACAGUUAUUUGGAAGAAAAGAGGAUCUUUGUAAUCAUUGGCAGAGUCAUCAUAACUGUGAAGACCCUUCCACUUUAUGGACAAUUUUUAGUUUGUUAUCAAAACAAGGAAUUAUUGAACUUUCUAAUAAUGGUGAAUAUUGAAGCUCAAUUCUACAGUGCUAUGAAAAACAUCAACUACCUUACCAAAUUGUUCAUGGUUUUUUGCUGUGUUGCUAAACUAACUCGAGAUGUAUCACUUCAGAGGUUUGUUUGGUGGGUUUGUUGGGUUUUUUUUUUAAGUUAUAUUAACCUCUAUUUUGUUAAAUAGAAAAUGUAUUUAUCCAGUAUCAUUCCAGAUGGGUACAUGCAAGCCAAUUGUGAAACACUGUACUUAAAAUUCAUGCUUAGGGAACUUAGCAGCAUACUCAAUACUAAUGGUUAACAUGAAGAAAAAAUAUUUUCAAGUUAAAUUACACUAUACACACAGCAAUAAAUCAGUUUAUAUGAAGUAAUCUCAAUUUUGAGUGAAAUAACAAACCAGACUGAAAGUGUAAUUUCAGUCCCAACUGUGCUUCCAGAUUUCAUAGUAAAUACAGAUUUCCAUGCAGUUCUCUGGAUGAUUUGACUGUGCAUACAUGCAGCCAGCAUUCAGGAGCUUUAUAGUUUAAGAGCUUUUAAUUCUUUUUUCUUGAUUUCAGUGUCUUCAACCAUGUUCAUUGCUUGCAGGUUUGUUACUGGCAGGUCUUUUACGUGUUAUGUUCUGUCCUGGUAACAGCAAGGAUCUUUGCAUUUUUAAAGUGAAAUAUCUACAUGUGGUUUUUUGCCUGUAGCUCUUUGGGUUGAAGACAAGUUAGUUGCCACCCAUGAAGAUGGAACCA